GGUAGGCCAGUAUUAAGGUGUUGUGCUAGAAGUGGUAGUAGUAGUGGUAGCAGCAGUAGUAGUAGUAGUAGUAGCAGUAGUAGUAGUAGCAACAGUAGUAGUAGUAGUUGUACUGAUACUUUGUUACAGUACCCGGCCGGACUGAGUCGCACUGGACACACGUUAGUCGCAGUGUGUCUCGGGUUUAUUUUUGUUCUCGGCAUCCUCAACAAUUUUCUCGUUCUCGUUGUAUUUGCAAAGUUUCAGUGUCUCUGGACGCCGAUCAACUUGAUCCUGUUGAACAUCAGCGUCAGCGACAUCCUGGUGUGCCUUUUUGGGACUCCCUUUAGUUUUGCCGCCAGCAUCCAUGGAAGGUGGCUGAUCGGAGACCCGGGGUGCAGGUGGUACGGGUUCGCCAACUCCCUCUUCGGCAUCGUGUCCCUGGUGUCCCUGUCCGUGCUGUCCUACGAGCGCUACAGCCACGUGCUGCGCUGCGCCCAGGCCGACGUGUCCGACUUCAGGAAGGCCUGGCUGUGCGUGGGCGCCUCCUGGGUCUACUCCCUGCUCUGGACCCUGCCUCCCCUCCUGGGCUGGAGCAGCUACGGCCCCGAGGGCGUUGGCACCUCCUGCUCCGUCCAGUGGCACGUGCGCUCGGCCUCCAGCGUCUCCUACGUGCUGUGUCUGUUCGUCUUCUGCCUGCUGCUGCCCCUGCUGCUCAUGGUCUACUGCUACGGACGCAUCCUCCUCGCCAUCAGAGGGGUGGGGACGGUCAACCUGCUGGCGGCCCAGCGGCGGGAGCAGCGCGUCCUGCUGAUGGUGCUGUCCAUGGUGGCCGGCUACCUGCUGUGCUGGAUGCCCUACGGCGUGGUGGCCCUGGUGGCCGCCUUCGGCCCCGGCGGCGCCGUCACCCCCCUGGCCGGCACCCUGCCCGCCGUGCUGGCCAAGCUCAGCACCGUGGUCAACCCCGUGAUCUACGUCUUCUUCAACAGCCAGUUUAACGCGUGCUUCGUAGCCUUCAUAAAGUGUAGCCCCCCGCCCCGCGCCUUCACCACCCAUCAGGGCAGCAGACCCCAACACCGCACAUCUGGCUCCCGGCACUCCCACAAUUCACCUGCCUUCCGGAGCGCCUUGCCCACCUCCCCGCUACCUUACUCCUGCCGGAGCCCCGAGUUCACCUCCUACUGCGUCGCCCCGAAGGAGGGGGAGCUCAUGCAUGAUCUUGCUGUCCACUACAAUCAUUGA